UAUUUUCAAUGAAUUUAUAAAGUGACAAGUGAAAAAAGGAAUUUUCAACAUCUGUUGAUUCUUCGAUAUAUCAUUUUUUCAUUAUGUGAAUAUUAUGCGCGUUGAAGAGAAAUAUUCAUUUUUUUUUUUGAAGAUGAUGACAAAUCAUUUAGUGUUACUGUUCAAGGAAUGUUUAUAGAUAAUUUGUUCUAUAAAUAUCAAAACAAAACGCAGAGAGAUUUAAAUUUGGGUCGAGUGCACAUAGAUACCGCCCGGCUAGGCUAUUUUAAAAUUGCAUGAAUCUCGUAUUUUGACAUUUAUUACGUUUAAGCUGUUUUAUCUUCGACAAUUGAAAGAUUUAUCAUUUCGUGGAAAAGUUCAUUAGAAUUUUGACAUCAUGGGAAUCAUAUUAUCAAGAUUUCAUAAAAAGAAAACAACAAUUGAGAUUUUAGAGGAUCUCGAUAAGAAAAUUAAAGAAAUAGAAAAGUAUGGACAUGUCACAGAACAGAGACACAAAAAAAUUAUUGGAACUCUUAUUCUAUAUAGCGUAACACUUUAUAUUAUAACAGCCUUCAUCUUUUACUUCUGUUUCUUCCCUGCAUCGCUCUAUGAUCAAAUAUUUUACAUCAUUCCAUUGUUAAUUUUCCCAAUUUUAAUAUUGCUUACAAAGAAAAUGGUAACAUGGUAUUAUAAACGUAAAAUUUCUGAAAAUCAAGAGAAAUUAAGUAGUAUGCAAACAGAAAAAAAGAAUAUUUUAGAUGAAGUCAUAGAAAUUGAAACAUAUAGAAAAGCUAAAGAAAUUUUGCUAAAGUUUGCUCCAGAUGAAUUAAGAUUGACUCCUCCAACUUAUACAGCGUCAUCACCCGCAAAAAUUACCGAACGAUCUAGUACACCACAUAAUAUGUCCCAUGCAUCUCUUUCUGGGGAACUGAGAAGACGUGUAGUAACAAGUCAAAAUCAACCAUUAAAUGUGCAAAGUGGUAUGCCUGCUAACACUGGCCUUGUCCCAGUUGGCAUGACUCCCACUCAGAAUCCACCAAAUACUUCCUUCCAGAGUGCUCCAAAUACUCCAAUCCGGAGUUAUCGAACUUCUUUACCGCGUCCAAUAUUGCCGCGGCAAAGGUCUUACUUGGAUCGAUUGAUCGAUUAUCUUGUCGGAGAUGGUCCAUCCAAUCGGUAUGCAUUAAUUUGUCGGCAUUGCGAAUCGCAUAAUGGAAUGGCACUUAAAGAGGAAUUUGAAUAUUUUGGAUUCAGAUGUUGUUAUUGCAACUUUUGGAAUCCUGCAAGAAAACAGAAACCAUUUGCUCCAAAACUGGAAUAUAAUGUAACUUUUAAUAGCUCACUACCGACUGAAGCAAAUAGAGAAGAUGUAAAACUUCAGCAGACAGAAUCACCAAGUCCAUCUGAUACAGAAUCGGAUAUCGAAGUGCUCGAGCGGCCAACAGAAUCAUUGGAUGAAAUUGAACGUAUUACGGAAUCAAUAAAAGAUGGGCAUGUGUAUAAUGUAAUUAUCCUUUACAGAUCAACAAAUAUGCCAGAAUUAACUGAAAUUGACAAAGCUGCAAGCUCUGAACCUACAAAGGUUGAAGCAGCAGCAGCUCGAGUUGGAACAGAUACAGAUUCAGAUGACACUCUACCAGGCUUAGAUGAUGCUGGUGCUGGUAGUACAGUUGGUUUUCCAGGGACAACUGUCACUGGUCUUCCCAUGGACAUAGUUUCUAAAGCAAAACAAAGUCGUGGAGAGAAAAAAGCUAGAAAGUUAAUGAGCAAACUAGGAUUAAAGCCUGUACAAGGAGUUAACAGAGUAACUAUUCGUAAAUCAAAGAACAUUCUCUUUGUAAUCAAUAAGCCAGAUGUGUUGAAGAACCCAGCUUCAGAUACCUAUAUAGUAUUUGGCGAAGCCAAGAUCGAGGAUCUCAGUCAACAAGCUCAGGUAGCAGCAGCUGAGAAGUUCAAGGAGCCAUCAGCUAUUCCAGCAACUGAAGCUGGUGGUAGUACUACGAUCGUUGCACCGAUACAAGAGGAAUCAGAAGAAGAAGUCGACGAAACGGGCGUCACAGAAAAGGACAUUGACUUAGUAAUGUGUCAAGCCAAUGUGUCUCGAGGGAAAGCUAUUAAAGCUCUUAAAAAUAAUCAGAAUGAUAUUGUCAAUGCUAUUAUGGAAUUGACAAUGUGAUGAAGCUACUUAGCAGUAGGGUGUGCUACCUCGUAGCUCGCAUUGUGACAUCAUCUUAUUUUAUCAUCUGCGUCAUCAGGAAAAAACAUCAUCCUUCUUUUUGUCUCAUUACAUUGAAAGGAUUCAGCUCGAAUACUGAGAGGCCAGAGUUUGCACGGAGACCGUGAUGCUUGUCUCAAAAAUCCACAUGUAUAUACAUAAUUCAUAUGAAAAAAAAAAAAAUAAAUAUACUA